AUGAAACAUACAUCCAUUCACACUAAAGCAAAGCACUUCAACUCCAAAGGAGUCCAUUCGGCAGCUCCCGGCCAGACACCGAACGUAGGUCAAGCCCCGGCACCAGCCUACGACCGAUUCCUGCCACACCAAAUCACGAAUCAAACUCCCUACCGAACGGCACCUGCCGUGUCAGCCCUUUACACAGCAGGAGAUAAGCGAAGGGACGGAUUUCAGGGUCAGCAUGACGGAGGCAAACGCAAUAAGGAGCCAAGUGACCUAGUCGAUUUCCAAAGCCCAAAAAGGGCCCGACUAGAGGAAGUUUUUACUGCGCUCAACUCAACUUACGAACAUGUUCUCAUGGCCGAAAAUCAGAUGAUUCUGAAGCCCAGCAACCGGAAGCUUCCUCGACAAGUCGACAAAGAUACGGGAGUGUUCUGCCGAUACCACCAGUACAAUAGCCAUGAUACCGAAUCAUGCAUCGCCCUCCGAAAAAUUGUUGAAAAACUAAUCAGCGAAGGCAAGCUAGACCAGUAUCUGAGUGCACACCCAGCUCCCAAACACCUGCGCAAUCGCCAGAUCAACAUGAUCAGCGGCGGUACACCGAUUGCCGAUUCUAGCAAUCGAUCCGUCAAAAAUUACUUGCAUGCCAUUCGACAUUCUCAGGUCCUCAGUAUCACUGAAGGGCACAGCAACAAAAUCCGGCGACUCGGGUCGGAGCCCAUCACCUUUUUUGAGAAAGAAGAAAAAUGCAUCAUCUUCCCCCAUACCGACCCCAUGAUCAUUCGGGCAGACAUUGCCGAUUUUAACGUAGGUUGA